AUGUUGAUGUCGCUGUUCUUUAUGCAAAUCUCGGAAGCCUGUUUCUCGUCGGGCGUGGGUUGUUGUGGUCCUCCACCCCCAGCCCCAGUAUGUUCAGGAGGCUGUAGCGGUGGCUACGGUUGCGGACCUUAUGGAUGUGCUCGUCUGAAGGCUCGAGGGUCCAAGACUUUGAAGAUUGGCGACGAAGAGGUGGGUACUAUCUUAUAAGAUAAAGUUUGCACUUUCUAAAUGAAACAAAACUUUCUCUUGGGGAACAUUAUACUCUGUUGGGUAAAUUUACUUUUUGGAAUAUAAAAUUUAUAUCCGACGUUAUGUUUUCACUUCAGGCCGAAGAGGAGACCGACCGAGCUCCACAAACUCCAGACGAAAAGUUUAUGGCGUGCUGUGUGUCGCGGAGACUCCCCGAUCAAUGCCUAAGCAAGUGCAGCUUCUCGUCCUACAACCGAAACGCCCUCCAAGUAAGUUAAUGCAUUUACGAUGGCAGGGUAAUGUCAAUAUACAAUGGCACUUAAGUCUUGGCCUAAUAAUCUCAAUACCUCAUGACUAACUUAAUGCAUAUCAUAUAUGCUUACUUUGAAAAAAGGUAUUAUUUGUAAAGUAAUAAUGAGCUACAGUACUGACACCAUUACAGAACAUGUACUUCCGAGCUGACAGUUGCCCCAUGCAAGCGGCUUCUGACCUCCAAUUCUGUGCUGCCCAGGGUCGUGACCAUCGUGAGUGUUGUAUGCGUAAUGGAGUUGGUACCACAAUAGCUGGCGAAAAGUGUUUGUUGUUCUGCGAUCAACGCCCAGGCAACACGACCCAACUUGACAUGAGCUACAUGAGCUGCUUCGACAAGUUCGAGAACAUGAAAGGCUGUUUCUGGCACGACAUCGUGGAGAGAACCAAGAGAACCCAACCCUUCCGAGUGUAG